CGACUGCAUUAGCGCCGCCACUGCCCUCAUCUUCGACGACCAUGGCGGCGUCGUCGAGCACGGCCCUGAAGACGUUCUCACUCACUAACGACAUCCUAGACGUGUCACCUCAAGACGAGAUCUACCGCUUUGACCCUGCAGCGAACCGCAGGCUCCUCCAGGAGGCACCCUGGGCGCGUGACCCGCACUACUUCAGAGUGUGCAAAAUCUCUGCUGUCGCGUUGAUCAAGAUGGUCAUCCACGCGCGCUCGGGUGUGCCAUACGAGAUCAUGGGCCUCAUGCACGGCAAGGUCAUGGACCGCACCCUCGUCAUCGUCGACUCCUUCGCUCUGCCCGUGCAGGGUACCGAGACGCGUGUGAAUGCGGCGAACGAGGCGAAUGAGUACAUGGUCCAGUACAUCCAGGGCAGCGAGCGCGUCGGGCGCUUCGAGAACGCCGUCGGGUGGUAUCACUCGCACCCCGGCUACGGCUGCUGGCUGUCUGGUAUCGACGUGAACACGCAGAUGACGAACCAGAAGUACCAGGACCCGUUCGUCGCCGUCGUGAUCGACCCGAACCGCACCAUCUCCGCGGGCAAGGUCGACAUCGGUGCGUUCCGGACGUAUCCCGAGUCAUACGUCCCGCCAGAAGCGGGCGCGGGCGAGUACCAGAGCAUCCCUCUGAGCAAGAUUGAGGACUUUGGUGUCCAUGCAAACCAGUACUACCCGCUGGAGGUGCAGGUGUUCAAGAGUAGCCUGGACGCCGAGCUCCUAGGCCUGCUGUGGAACAAGUACUGGGUCAACACGCUGAGCCAGAGCGCGCUCAUAUCGAAUCGAGCAUACGCAGCCUCGCAACUCUCGGACCUCGCACAGAAGCUGACGAAAGCGCAAACCAACGUGCCGAACACAAAAGCACCACCACCCGCGCUGAAAGAUGACAAGGCUGCCAAGAAGGAAGAGAAGAAGAAAGAGGACCAGAACCAGCUGCUGAAGGGUGCCAAGGAUAGCGAGAAGCUGGCUACGGAGGCGCAACACGGGCUGAUCGCGCAAGUGCUAAAGGACGUCAUCUUCUCGAUGCGCCCUCAGGAUGCAGCUCUGCGCGAGGUCAGUGAAGCGGUGGAUGCCCCUAUGGCCAUCGGCUAAGUCUGAUCUUGACGCUUGUCUAUACACGAACGAGAAGGGCGGUGUGUCAUUACUACUUGUAUCAUCAGAUAUCCUGCCGUGUACGCGUGCUGUCGUUGCUUUUGUCCCGUUAGAUGCAAUGUAUUAUAUUCCUGUCCAGACGUUCGAUACUGUGCUUACCCUCUCGGUUGCAGCGGUUAAAGAACGUGCCGCCUUGUGCUCCCUCCGCUGUGUGAGUCUUGCACACAUGAUUCCUUCACAAUAACAAUGACACGAGACAUCGCGAUC